UCCUUUCAGAACGCGUAGAAGAAAUCGAGCCCCAACUUUGACUCUGCGUAAAGGAACUCGUUCUCCCGUCGGCUGAAUUCCCAGGGCUGUCAUCCUCUUUGACGGCCCGAGUUCUUAAAUCGCACAUAAGGAAGCCCUCCAAGAACGCAGGUAGUUUGCUUUGAUUACGUUUCCUGGAUUCUUGGGGGGACGUGCGAUCGGUUCUUCUCCGACGAAUUUGUUGAGUCCUGAUUCUACAUUUGUUUCUAGGGUUUCAUAAUUUUUUAGAAAUUGUUUAUGAUUUUGGCAUGAUAGUUUGUGAAAAAUGAUGGGAUCAUUGCCUGGGAUGUUGCAGAGGCCGUUUAUCGCGGCCUCUGCUCUAGCAAUUGCUUCUGUUUCUGCUGAUUGUUACGAUAAGUUACGCCCAUCGAAGUUAUUCGAGAGUUCUUCGUCAUUGGAACAAUCAAGUGCCCCUGCCUCUGCACAAAAUUCAUUAGAAGAAUUAAAUUGUUCGUGGGUGUCUAGGAUAUCCGAUUCCAAGCUAUCUCAGUUGUCUUUUGUUUCGGGGAUUCGAUGCCCCGUCCCCAGAGUGCACAUUCCAGUUCCAAACACUAAUGCUAACUAUUCUUUGAUGGCGUCGUCCACCGAGCUACUUAAUUCAUACCGUUCAGCUGAUUUGUUGAGAUCUGCCAAACCGGCUGCCUAUUCAUAUAGCACCCCAACUCCGGUGCCAUCGAAUGCUUUGUAUCGAUGGCAUUUGCCUCAUCCUAGUGCAGUCGAUAUGUCUGGAAGUUCUGAUUGUUCAGUGGCGAAAUCUAGGACUGUAGUGGUGUUGCUUGGAUGGUUAGGCGCGAAGCAGAGACAUCUUAAUAGAUAUGCAGAGUGGUAUGCCUCGAGAGGGUAUAAUGCAAUUACAUUUACAUUUCCAAUGUCGGAGGUCCUUAGCUAUCAAGUUGGGGGUAAAACCGAGCAGGAUGUUGAAGAUCUGGUGAACCAUCUUACGGAAUGGUUGGAGGAGGAGCAUGGAAAGAAUUUGGUCUUUCACACCUUUAGUAAUACGGGAUGGUUGACAUAUGGAGUUAUCUUGGAAAAGUUUCAGCAGAAGGAUCCUGCUCUAGCUGCAAGGAUUCGAGGGUGCAUUGUGGAUUCAGCUCCCGUAGCAGCUCCCGAUCCACAGGUCUUUGCAUCUGGAUUUUCAGCUGCUUUUCUGAAGAAAAAUAGUGUUGCAACCAAAGGUUCUGCUGCAAAUGAUUCUGGAGUAACAGUUGGAAGCAGAACCUCCAUUGAAGUCAAACCCGCGUUUACUGAGGCAACUCUGCUUGUCCUUUUAGAGAAGUUUUUCGGAGUGGUUUUGGAUCAUCCUUCGAUAAAAAGGAGGCUUUCUGAAGUUCUAAGCCUAUUGGCAUCCAAGCAACCAAGCUGUCCUCAACUGUACAUAUAUAGUUCUGCCGACAGAGUAAUUCCGGCACGGCAUGUUGAGUCCUUCAUACAGAAGCAACGUAGUAGCGGACGUGAAGUCAGAGCAUGUGACUUUGUUUCCACACCACACGUUGAUCAUUUUCGGAAUGACCCUCAAUUAUAUUCUUCUCAGCUCACCCAGUUUUUGGAGGAUUGUGUGCUGACAUCCUGCAAAGAUUCUUCUUGAAUAAGGGCUACUCACUUAACCUUGAUUCUUUUUUGUAUAUUUUAGGUCCCAUGCAAAACAGCUAAAUAAUUGUUUAAAUUUUUAGUUGACUUGUUGUCAAAAUAUAAAAAACUUCAUUGUGUUGUUUUCAGAAGCCACUUUUAUUCUCUCAGGGGAAUGCAUUCCCAUAACUCUGUGUAUUAAUUAAGAGAGUAAUAUUCUUCGGUCGUGUUGUUUUGACUUGAAAUAAGAGAGUAAUAUUCUUUUC